AUGGGCAUGGUGCAGGCUGGUGAUGUGGCGGCCCCGGUGUGCUAUCGCGGGCCACCUGGGCCGAUGGGAGAUCCGGGGCCUGAGGGGCCAAAGGGACCUCCAGGAGACCCAGGAGACAACGGACCUGAAGGGGGACCAGGACCAGCCGGAGCAGAAGGACCACCACCAACACUUCCGCCUACGUCGCUGUUCGAGGAAGAGGAAGCCAGCAGCGGCUGCGAAGACUGGUGUCUGGUUCACUUGAAGAGCCAGCAUUGGGGCAAGAUCCCACAGUGCAGAGCAUGCGUCGGGUCGCAUCGGCCACAAUCCCUGGUUCCAUCUCCUCACCUCGAAGCGACCCGAAAUCUGGGGUCGACAGAAUCAUCACCUACCACCAGACGUGAGGCUGAGGGCCUUACGCAGCAGGCCAAUUCAGCCGCAGCCGCCGUUGUUGCGGGCUGCCCGGCAGGACCCCGAGGACCACGAGGACCAGUAGGAGCCAAAGGUCCCAGGGGAGAUCGAGGGCCCGAUGGACCGCCAGGGCCACCGGGACGGCCAGGACCACAAGGACCACCGGGCCCAGCAAGAGCUGUAUCGCUCCUUCCCACGCGGGACAGCCAAGAGGCCAAGCUACCCGAGGCAGAUGAUGGAGAAGGUGUGGUCAUGGUUGGCCAGAAGGAAGUCGAGGCAGGGGCAUCAAGAGCACCAGAAGCAGCGGAAGCACCAGGGUUGACGCAGGGCAGUGCAACGAAGCCCGGUUGCGAAGCCUUUUGCAAGAUCUACGUGAAUUGGAAGUACUGGCCUUUGAUCCCAGAUUGCAAGUUCUGCGUGGGUGGGCCAGCCACCGGGCCCCCGGGGCCCAAGGGGCCGCGGGGGCCGAGGGGAACUCGCGGAGAUCGGGGACCUCCUGGACACCCGGGCCCACGCGGACCGCCCGGACCACCGGGACCACCGGGAUACCCCGGAGAACUGGUCGACUGCAAAGACUGGUGCUACGUCUACCUCAAGCCAAAGUACUGGAUGCUGCUUCCUGACUGUCGGGCAUGCUGGGGAACGAAGCGCGCAGUACUCUUGCCGACCGACUCGACACCACAGGAAGUCGACUCCGUGCAUCUCAUGCAGGCAAAGACCAUCAUCUGGAAUGGGCCCAUGGGUGUCUUCGAAAUGGAGAGUUUCGAAGCCGGCACGAAAGCGCUGAUGGAUGAAGUCGUGGCGGCGACGAAGCGCGGCACGACCACCAUUAUUGGUGGGGGCGAUACGGCCACGUGCUGCAAGAAGUACGACACCGAGAGCAAGGUCAGCCACUGCAGCACCGGUGGUGGCGCCUCGCUUGAGCUGCUCGAGGGGAAGGAGCUGCCUGGUGUUGCCGUCUUGAAUGAGAAGGUAGCCGCCACGAACAACUACAGCGAUGACAACGUUUUCUCGCAGAUCAUCGAUGGGACGAUCCCAUGCUUCAAGAUCUUCGAGACGGAGGACACCCUGGCCUUCUUAGACGCCUUCCCGAAAGUGAAGGGACACGCUGUGCUGAUACCAAAGCGCAAGGGCUUUCUGGCCCUGGAUGGCAUGCCGGGGGAUGCCGCAGCUGCCUUCCUCGGGGAGCUCCCGAGGCUCUGCAAAGCUGUAAAGCGGGCCACUGGGUGUCAGGCCGUGAAUGUCAUCUCGAACCUCGGGGCUGAAGCUGGACAGAUUGUUUUCCACCCGCACGUCCACGUCAUUCCCCGAUAUCAGGAUGACAACAUGCUGACCAUGGCGCCUUCCGCAAGCACGAUGGUGGACAAAGAUGAGGCCACCGAGACGGCGAACGAGAUUAAAAAUGCCCUGAGAUCAAUCAGGACGAAGCCGAACAAAACCUCUCAGGAGCUGCAGGCGCUGAAGGCCGAGAAUGAUUCGCUAAAGGAGAAGCUCGCAGCCCUGGAGCCGUUGAUCCAAGCGGCCAGGGUGAUCCAGAGCUACAAGCCUUCCCAGGCGGUGGCUAAGGCAGCUGCCGCUGCCAAGGAAGAGGAGCAGAGGCCCAAGAUGAGAGACAGGAGAGACAAUCGCGCCCCGCCGCCCCCAGCGCCGCCCCAGCGGCCUCCCGAGAGAAGUGGCAAGGGCACGGGGAAAAUGCAGUCCAAGGGCGGCUACGGUGGUGACUACGGCGACUAUGGCUACUCGAGCUACGACCACCACAACUAUGACACUGGGUACGACACGUGGGAGGAGCCUGCCAGACUCAAGGGGAAGGCCGGUGGUAAGGGCUACGGGCCGCCGCAGAACUAUGGCUACUUCAAGGGUGGAGGAAGAGGUAAGGGCAAGUUCAAGUGA